UUAGUGCUUCUGUGUCAUGCUGCCGGCUUUCUCUGUUCCAGCAGUCAGCAAAGAAUAAGGAGGGGAGGUGCAGCUUUGAUCCCAGGGGAGGGCCCAUGCCAGAGAAAGAGAUGAGCAAGCCAAGCAGAAAGCAAGAAAGAGUUACAUAGAAGAGGAGUUUCUUUUCAGACAUCCAGAAUUGUUAGCAUCGGAGAUACUAGCUGUUUCUGCUCCAUCCUAUCCCGCUCAGUCAUCUGGUUCAGCACCAUAAAGGAGCAGACAGCUCCCUGCGAUAGUAAAUAGGUAGCAGCUCAGCACAUGAGCUCCUAGGAUCCUAUUAUCAAACAGCAAAUCUGUGUAAAGUCUGCAGCUCCGUAGUAUCAAACAUACUUUGGCUACCAGGGGAUUCUCAAGCACAAUGUACCAGGGACAUAUUCAGGGGAAAAGCUCUAGGGAGGCAGAUAAAGCUGUUGCCAUGGUGAUGAAGGAGAUACCGAGGCACCCGUCUGGUGAAGAAAAGCCCCUCCUUUCUAUGACAUCACAGUUGGUAAAUGAGCAGCAAGAAAGCAGACCUCUCUUGAGUCCAUCUAUUGACGACUUUCUCUGUGACACCAAAUCAGAAGCAAAACCCAGGCCUGUGACUUCAAAUACAGCAGGGCUAGACCUUCUGGACUUAAGUGAACCUCUUCCUCCUACACAAAGUAAAGGGAAGAAGGCUGAGGCUGCAUUAAAGGGAGAAUCCUCCAGGUCGCAGUCCAUUAAGAAGAAGGUGGAUGAGUCUGAACUAAUUAAAGCUGAGGCUGAAAAGACCAUAAAGACUGUCAGAAUUCCAGAAAAGACCACUUUAGAUUUGGUACACAUUCAGAUGCAGCUGGAAAAAUGGGGCGAAGGGCGUUUGCGUGGAGAUAAAGGCAGCGAGGGUCUUCAAAACCUGGAAAGAAAAUCAUCUAAAGAGAUUUCAAAAGAGAUCUUGUGGUCUACAGAUGUUAGAACGCAAUCCAGUAGAGGAAGUAUUGUGGCAGAAAAUGAGAAAAUAUCUGAGCUUGAACUCGCAACUGCCCCAAAAGGACUGACUAGAGAAUCUCGACUGGGGGGUGCCUUCCUGUCCAGGAACCAAUCUUUAGAAGAAGAAUUUGAAAGAGCAAAGGCUGCAGUUGAGUCAGACACUGAAUUUUGGGAUAAGAUGCAAGCUGAAUGGGAAGAAAUGGCAAGAAGAAACUGGAUUUCUGAAAAUGGAGACUCGCCAAGUCAAAGUGGAAGUUCAAAAGAAACGGGGUAUUAUUUCCACACAGAAAACCCUUUCAGGGAAUGCUCCGGGGCUUUUGAAGAGGGGAUGAGGAAACUAAAAGAAGGGGAUUUACCUAUUACUAUUUUAUACCUAGAAGCUGCAAUUCUGCAGGAUUCCAGUGAUGCUGAGGCCUGGCAGUAUCUUGGUAUAGCCCAAGCAGAAAAUGAGAAUGAGCAGGCAGCUAUCAUUUCACUCCAGAGGUGCUUACAGCUACAACCAAAUAACCUAAAAGCUCUCAUGGCCUUAGCUGUCAGCUUCACCAAUAUUAGACACCAGCAAGAAGCUUAUGAAGCACUGAAUAAGUGGGUUAAGCAAAAUCCCAGAUAUAAGCACCUUGUGAAGGGCAAGUCCCCAGCACUCACCAGGAGAAUGUCAAAGGCCGUGUGUGACAGUGUAUCCUUGGAAGAGGUGAAGGAGUUAUACCUGGAGGCAGCACACCAGAAUGGGGAACUCAUAGAUCCUGAUUUACAAACAGGACUGGGGGUCUUGUUCAAUCUCAGUGGAGAAUAUGACAGAGCGGUGGAUGCUUUCAACUCUGCCUUAGUGGUCCGACCAGAGGACUACUCAUUAUGGAACCGUCUUGGAGCAACACUGGCAAAUGGAGAUCGGAGUGAGGAAGCAGUAGAGGCCUAUUCCAGAGCACUUGAAAUACAGCCUGGCUUCAUCCGAUCCAGAUACAAUUUAGGAAUAAGCUGCAUUAACCUUGGGGCUUACAGGGAAGCUGUCAGCAACUUUCUCACAGCCCUAAGCCUCCAGAGAAAAAGUAGGACUCAACUGAAAAUUCAGCCACCUGUGAGCUCAGGCAACAUUUGGGCAGCAUUAAAAAUAGCUCUUUCCAUGAUGGACCAACCAGAGCUUUACCAUGCUGCCAAUGUGGGAGAUUUGGAUAUCCUCCUGAGAGCUUUUAAUAUAGAAUCUUGAAGGUAUGCCCAUUUAUGAGACAAUCAGAAAGGAUGUUUUUCAUUGCAGACUUCAGACGGAUGUCAUAUUCAGUACUUCCAUUAGAACAACGAUAACCUGGCUUUACUCACUCUGUCCCCAAAGACUGUCAUGCUAUGUCUGGCACAAAAAGCACAAAACCCUGGGGGCAUGGUAAAGAACCUUAAUAUGAAUGUACAGAUGAGAAGGAAAUUUUCAUGACUGCUUAUUUACAUAUAUAUAACUAAGAUAUUAAACUACUGGUUUUUAGUUUAGCGACUGAUGCUCGUGGUUUCUAGGAUAUCUGCAGGCACCUGCUAAAGAAGAUUAGCCCAGACACAUGGAAUACCUCUUCCCUUCUUGGCUGGAUGCCUGCAUGUGGAAGGUGCUGUGUGCACAGUUACUCAUUAGAAUCACCUUCAUACAGUGAAGGAGAAGCCUUGAUUGGUGCAUGAUCACUGCAUAACUUUAUAUUGCUCUUCGUGUCUAGUUCAAUUAGACAUAUGCAUAAAUAAGGCAUAGUUCUGCUAUUACAGUUACUAAGCGAAAUGCAUCUAUAUAUAUAUUUAUACCAUCUACUUAAUAUAUCAGGACUAUAGCCUAUACCUUUAUAAAACAGAAGCAAAAGGGUCUGUCACUCAAAAAUACUAUUUGCAGAUUUUGUUGUUUCAAUGUCUUGUUUUUUUUGGUUGGCCAGAUGCCAGGUAUUUAAGGGAAUGGUUAAUUAUUAGGAGUGGUAAGUGGCACUAAUUUCUUGCCCACUAUUACACAACCAAAUAUUGAUUUUUAUUACAGUAUUUUGUAAAUACUAAACUCUUAUUCUAGAAUUACAACCCCUGUGUGGAUGCAUAGCCAAGGUGCAUUUGCCCAAACAGAAAAGCAUCAGUCUGCCCCAUGAAGAUCAAGUUGAAAAAAUCAGUAUGUUCGUUCACUUAUCACUGAAGUACUGAAUGCCAGUAGCUAGCUGGGCAAGUACUUGUACUUUAAUGACACUGCAAGGUGGACAGUGGACAGGUGUCCCUCAGCCUGUGGAGACUACAGUGCUGUUUGUAUAGAGUGUAGACAAAAAAGCAGAAAACUUAAAUUCACCUGCUUGAACAACAUCUCAUUUAAAAAAAAAAACAGAGUAUAAAUGUGAAUUUAGUUCCUUUGUUGCUUUAACCCUCUCUUCUCUGACAGCUUUUCACUAGGUGAUGAAAUAUCUGCCAUUAAGAACAUUAGUGGGGCACUAGUGUUGGGUGAUCACGCCUGGGCCAAGUUUGUAGUUGCAGUUUAUCCCACGGUUGGGUUGAGGUCAGGUCUCUGUGUUGACUAAUCAAGUUCUUUUACACCCAUUGCAGCAAAACAGUCUGCAUGGACCAUGCUUUGUGCAUAGGGGCAAUAUCAUGUUUAACCAGGAAAGGACCUGCCCUAAAGUGUUGCCACAGGGUAGAAAGGAUUGCAUUGCUUAGAUGUUGUAGCAUUAAGAUUUGCUUUCCCUGCAUUAAUGGGUCACAGCCCAUGAAAACAGGGCCGGAUUCUGUCACUCGCAUAUGGAGCAGUGGGGAGAGGAUGAGCUAAAGUUUCAGUGCGGCAUGCCGCCCCUAAAUUCAUGCUGACCUGGCCACAAAUCCGGGCCUCUAUGAAAAGCAAGCCCAGAAUGUUAUCCCUCCUCCACCAAACUUCACAGUUGGAAUCAUUAGUACUCCAGAGAACAAGUGGCCACUGUUUCAAUGCUGAUAACCUUUGCACCACUCCAGACAUUAUGGUGUAGCUAAUGACCCAUAAAAAACAUGCACCCAAACUAUAGUUCUUGUACUGAUGUUGCAUCCAGGGAUAGAAUCAAACAGGGCAGCAUGAUCCAACUGAGGAUAGCAUUACAAGAUCCCUUCACUUAAAAAAACUUGAAUCAAGUAUAAAGGUUAAUAUGUAGUUUAGAAAUCCUUUUAUUUACAAAUCCAUAUAGUUUAUAUUUUCCUUAAACCCGUACCACCAGCUCUCCAAUCCCCACAUUCAAAUUCUGUAAUCCAAGUCCCCUCCUAGAAUACCAUAUACAAAGCAGCCAUAUUUAAAAUCAGCCAUUUCUUCUUUACCAGCAUCAGUUUUUGGUACCCAGCUGUUCAAAUAAGCUUCACUGCCCAAAUCUAUAUUGACAUAUCGUGUUCUCUGAUUCAUCCUGACAGCAAAUUAGAUAAGCAGCACCCAGUGAGAAUAUGUUCUGCUUUGUUUACCUUUCCUGCACUGUGCCUCUUAUAUACCUCCUAUAUUAUAUAGUGCCACAGGUGCAAGCACACUUUACAUUGUCAGCUGCUGGCAGUAAUGAACAUUUAAUACAUGUUUGUAUUGAAAGUACCUACCUUUCAUUCUUCUGCUAUCCAGCCUGACAUGCACACUGCCUUCUGAUGUCAGCAAACAAUAAUCCGAAUGCCCUACUGAAUUUUCUUGUUUGUGUGUAUGUUCUUAAAGGGAUAGUUCACCUUUAAGUUAGCUUUUAAUAAGUAAUAGAAUGGCCAAUUCUAUGCAACUUUUCAAUUGGUCCUCAUUUUUUAUUUUGUAUAGCUUUUGAAUUAUUUGCCUUCUUCUGCUGCCUCUUUCCAGCUUCCAAAUGUCACUGGCCCCAGCAGUCAAAAAACUAUUGCUUUGUGGGGCUACAAUUUCUUUUUAUUACUUAUUCUUCUGUUUAGUCCCUCUCCUAUUCAUAUAUCAGUCUCACUGUCUCAAACUACUAGGUAAAUUGCACUCUGAAAUUCCAAACUGAACAGCUGCAUAACAAAAUGUAAAAUAAUUAAAAAACUACCAUUAAUAAAAAAUGAAGACCAACUGCAAAUUGUCUCAGAAUAGCACUCUCUAUAUCAUACUAAAAGUUAACUCAAAGGUGAGCAACCCCUUUAAUUAAUUAUUCCAUUCCCUUCCUAUGUCUGCCUCAAUUUGACCCUGUAUUGAUUUUUAAUUUAAUUUGAUCACUUGAGCUGUUUUAGUCCAUUCGGAAUGCAAUUAUACACUGUUCUGUGCAAAACUGUUGGCUACAAAGGUCAAAAGUAUUAUCCGGAAGCCCGUUAUCCAGAAAGUUCCAAAUUACAGGAAGGCCAUCUCCCAUAGGCUCCACUAUAAGCAAAUAAUUCUAAUUUUUAAAAUUUCCUUUUUCUCUGUAAUAAUAAAACAGUACCUUGUACUAUAAUAAUCUAUAAUUAAUACUAUACUUAAUACUAUAAUACUAUCUAUAAUAUUAUAAUGAAUCCUUAUUGGAGGCAAAACAAGCCUAUUGGGUUUAAUGUUUCCAUGAUUUUUCAGUAAACUUAAGGUAUGAAGAUCUAAAUUACAGGAAGGUUUUCCAGAGACCCCAGGUCCCGAGCAUUCUGGAUAACAGGUUCCGAUACCUGUACAUAUAUUAUUAUCACUAAGUCACUUUUUUUGUAAUUUAACUCAAGUGAUAUGAUGUUUAGGUAAAUCAAGCCCUUAAAGUUAAUAAUGAGUACUUUGCCUUUUAAAGCAGUGCCCUGAUUAAAAUGACUUGCAUUGAAUUUGCUAUUCAGUUUAAAGUGAAAAGAAAGCAAAAAGAAGUGAAAAGAAGCAAAACUUGACACCAAGUUUUCAAUCUGCCAUUCAUGAAAAUCGAUUCUUUUGUUAUUUUCCAUGUCAUCAAAGUUUCCAGAUCUACCCAAGUCUUCCUAUUAAUCAAGCCGUGUCUCUGGCACUCGUGGGCUAUAAUGUGAUGCCCUACAGGAAUUUCUAUCCGUGUAUAUAUCUCUCCCCUUCUUGGCUCACUCUACUUUCUGAUUAGUUUCCUCUCCUUGAUGUGGAGCGGUGAUUGCCUUGUUCAUCUUAAAAAUAACCAUCAUUUGAUUGCUCCGCUUAUGUUUAAUUGCCUCCAUAUUUCUCAUCACCUCUUUUUCUGUACAGUUCAGGUGUCGAUAUACAGUUCAGGAUUUGUCAUGGAACUAAAGUUAAAGGAAUGCAUCUCACUAUCCCAGUCAUUCCUGAGCUUUUUGUUCACUGAUCAAAAUGUGCUGUCUUUUUUUCUAAUACAACAGGGCUGAAAGGACAACAAAAUCCCUGCAUAGCCUAAUAUUUUUUUAUUCACUAUGGCUUAGGAGGUUGCUGUUGGGCUGACUUUAUUACAAAAAGUAAUUACUGACCCAUCGGCCAAUAGAGAUUGUGGGUUUUAUAGUUUAGUAAGAACGACUAGUUUUGGCAAAAACGACUGCCUAUAGGCAGUGCAACAACUAUCUAAUAAAGAUCAUGGCAUUGGCGCAAUGCAAAAUUCUAAAUUCUUUUCUAAUUAAUGCUACUUUGCUAUUACAUUGCAUUAAGCUAACUAUAAAUUUAAGGAUUUAGUUGUUUAGCAAUAUAAUAAGCAAAUCUUUCCUCAAUAUGCCAACCCUAAGGUGGGCGGUACUUGGCUGAGGACACAAGGGCCAAUAAUUGGAGCCAAUGAAGUCUCUGCCAGGCGGGAAAAGAAAAAGGUUCAUGAUCAUUCGUUGCUCUAUACUUUCUCUGUAUGCCCUUACAGCUCUGGUGGAUAUAAACAUUCCUAAGCAGCAUUAUGAGAUAAAACAUUCCAAUUUCCUACAUGUAAAAUGAAGUUUUCAUUAGAGUUACAUAAUCGUCAUUACAUUCCAAACAAAGGUAUAACAUAGGUAUCACUGUGGCCUUACCAUUGUUUCUCCCUCCUUUCCUACUGGUAAUGGAGUCAGAAGUCCGUACGGCAGAGAGGAAGUUUGCCUUUUACUGCAUAGAUCAGAAUUUUGGUUUUGUUUAACAUCUUUUUCCAGUACAAUGGCAUUCAAGACUAAUGUUUAAUCUACCUGCUCAAACUACACUUUUAAUCCGACCUCUCCAACUAAAAUACUUUUGUAAUAAUAUGCAUGAGAUUUUAAUAUGAGAUAUUUGUAUAAUAUGCACUUGGAGGUCUUCACUGCAUGAAUUGUGAAAACAGUAAGCUCAACCCUUCACUCCCAGAGGACUUUUAAUGUGUGGCCUUGCCUCUAGAAGAGAUGGGGUACAUUGUUCCGCAUACCCUCAAAGCAUCUUUAGAGAAAAACAAUCAAAACAAAAUCGAUACAUUUUUUUAGAAGAUGAUGUUUUUGUGACAAUUCCAAAAGUUAAUGAGUUGUUUAUACUGUACAUCCAGAGAAAUUGAAAAGAUCUUUACAAGUAAGAAAUAUAUAUUUUUAAAGUGUAACUACUUUGGUGGUCAAGGAAUCUGAUUUGUAUCAAAAUAUAUAUGGUUUUUUUUAAAAGAGAUAUUAACCUCAGGUACUAAAUUGCAUGAAUUUGCAUUGGCGUACUUUCAAUCUAUUAACCCAAAGCAUGCAUUACUAUGUACCAUAAUGUAAAUAUACAUGAUACAUUAAGAAUAGAUAAUAAAACAUC